AUGAGUUCGUGUCCAAAAAGCUUAGCCAAUGGCUUCCAAACACUGUCAUUUUCAGUGAUCCUUCUGUUUUCUCUGCAACAUUCCUCAGUCUCUUCCUUGGAGUUCCAAGCUGGUGGCAGCAAAGGCUGGGUUGUCCCUCCUGAAAAUGACACCAAAAUCUACAAUGAAUGCGCUUCAGAUAACAGAUUCCAGAUUGGUGAUACCACCCGUUUUAAGUUUAGAAAGGACUCAGUAAUGGAGGUGGUUGAGAAGGAUUAUAAGAACUGCAAUUCGACACAGCCCAAGUUCUUCUCCAACAAUGGGAACUCAGUUUUUACUUUGGAUCAUGCAGGGACAUUUUACUUCAUUAGUGGAGCUUCCGGGCACUGUGAGAGGGGACAGAGGAUGGUUGUAAGGGUGAUGUCUCCUCAGGAAUCUCUGCCUACUUCCCCUGCUGCAGAUUCCAUGUUAGGGGUUUUGUAGCUGGUCUUUAUUACCAUUUCAGUUUGUUUUCUCCUAUGUUGCUUCUAAUCAUU